AUUGUGGGAUGAAGGGUUCAGAAGAUACGAAGAUCGAACCCAUCGUAAACUGACCGAAGACAACGCUUUCCGCCAGCUUCAAAGUCCAAAAUGUCUCAAACGUGUUUUGGAAUACACAACGAUGAGUGAUCCCCCGACUUCCGCAUUGAGCAUGGCAAACUUGAUGGAGACUUGAUGCGGGUCCUCGAGCCAGUCGUGCUGUUGCUCAAUGCUAUGCGGCCGCUUGUUGAUCUCCAAAGCGAGACUGCUGGCCUCGAAAACAAUAGCGAUAAUGACGCUUGUGCCUGCCGAGCAAAACACUGACCGGGCAAUCGACAGCGUCAAGUGUACCGGGUGUAGAGCGAUGUGGUCAGGGAUGGGCAAUGUAUGCCAAAGAAGAUCAUAUUACAAGGAGCUGCACCUUUGUCGCAUUUGCAACGAUAUGGCGCCUUGCCAGGAUUGCACAUCCAGACUGUGGGAUGGCUUGAUCCGUACAGUGUUCUGCUCGAAGGACCACGAGUGCGUCAAGCUAUAUCUGCUAACUCAGCCUCCUGGUGACAUAACUUCUGCUCUGCUUGAACAGCGGUUCGAGGUCUAACAACACUGGAUAGUAUCAAUAGCGACAGCAUGGGAAGCGUGUGUGGCGCUAUAUUGCAACUGAACAUAUUGUACGGAUGCGUUCCGUCACGGUAAUUCGGUUCUCCGUGCCGCGUCCGGGAACUCGCUCACUGGAAGGCUUCAUCCAGA